AUGGCAUAUGGCGAAGUGUCGAAAUGCGGUCGGAAGACGGCGUUGUCCACGUUCUUCACUGUCACCUUCGUCGCAUUCACACUUUCGGUCAUCGCUCUUAUCAGCCCAUCAUGGCAGUACGUCUACCUGGAAAAUGGGCGUACCGAACACCAUCACGGGCUGUGGCUAGAUUGCAAAAGAGACUACUCAUUUGAUUAUGGCCGUACAAGGGAGUACUAUGAAACUCUUUACAGACGGGACCUACAAGGAUCUCCAUUUGAUAUAUUUUUUCUGCCACCAUUACAGUGUGUGUACAAAUUUGACUAUUAUAUUGAUCCCGAAGAUCUCUACGACCAUGACCACGACGAGAAUCGUAUACAGAAUGACGCCUACCAACAUUUAUUUUUAGGGUGGAAAAUAGCUGCGCUAUCCGGUUGCGGAGUAGCGGUUUUAUCUUCGGCUUCGGCGUUAUUGUUAGCUGUUUGUGCUUUCUGUCACCGUACCUUCAUAUGUGCCUCUACCGUACUUAUAACCAUUGCCGCUAUACUUUCUACAAUUGGAAUAGCAGUCUUCUACGCAUGGGCAAACUAUCAAGAUAACAAAGUAAUCAAAGAGGAGGAAGACACCAUCUAUGAGCAAUUGCUGGGAUGGGCUUUCUACUGCCAAGUUGUUGCAACCAUAAUCCAGUGGCUGGCAGCCAUGCUCGGAUGCUGUGCAACGUCCGUGUCAUUCACUAAAACCAGAGCGAAACUUGUAAAAAUUGAGGUAGUGUUUAAUUCGUGUUCGUUGAUUUACCUCCUAUUUCUUUAG